UUCUGUUUAAUAAAAAUAAGUUAUUAUAUAUUUAAUAAUUAUAAUUGCUGCCAAAAACUUUCAUAAUCUCUUAAUGAAUUUAGCACUUAUCGAGUUGUUUACAGCAAUUUAGCUACGUAUUAAUUCGACAUUCCGAUAAAAUUGGAUUGAUGUAAGAUCAGCAGAUAAGAACUUCAGAUAACAUUUUUGAAGAUAGGGGUUUAUCUAUACACUGCAUUUGAGUAAAGUGAGAAUAAAUUCCACUAUCAGAAAAGGAAGUGGUCUUGGUUAAGCAGUUUUAAUAAAAAUAUAACGUAACAAAAUAUAAAAAUCAUGUGACACUUAAUGAUUUAUUUGUACAUCAGUUAUAUUAUGAAAUGAAAUGUUCGCACAAUGUAAAUGGAUCUUAAUAUGUAUCAUAGCUAUAUUGUUUUUACACUUUACUACAAUAUGUGCAACAAAUUCAAAGUUUGCUGGGGUUGUAAACAAUAUUACAGUAUAUGCUUUGGAGGAUGAAAAUUCUUUUGUAAGUGACAGUACAUUAAAUUCAUUAAAACUGAAUAUAUCCUGGAUUCCACCACAUGAGGGAAGGCAACCUUCUUCUUACAGUAUCAUAGUUACAAGUAUACCAAAGGAGACUGAUACGAAUAGAUUAGAAUGUACAGAAGAUUCCGAGUUUUAUACCGUACAUAACGUAACUCAACUUAGUUUGUUAGUGCCACCAGGCAAAUUAUUAAACGGCAUGUCGACGAUGCAAGUUCGUCCAAAUUGUACAUAUAAAAUACAAGUGCAUGCUAAUCCAAGAGCUAAACCUACAGGACAGUUACCUGAGAUUGUUUACACAGUACCAGAAUGUAUAGGGCGUAAAUGCAGUUGCACGAAAGCAAAGAACACUUUGCCUGUCCCAACAGUGGAAACAAUCCAAAUGACCAGGAAAUUCGUUAUAAAAUGGAAUGUUACUUCCAAUCUUAAUGUUCAAUCUUAUACAAUUAGCAUUGGCACGCCAUUGUUAACAUCAAAAGCAGGGCAUUCAGUAUACAAUAUCACACAAAUAGGUAACGUGACUUCUGCAACAAGUACUUUUAUCUGGGAUUCAAAAGUUCAUAAUCAGUACAUAAAAGUAAAAAGUGGAUACAAGAUAUUUGUAACAGCAAUAGAUCACCGAGGUUGCAUGGGAACUCGAGGAAAUUUUACGAUCAUUACUUUAGAAGAAACUGAGACAUCCUAUGGGAAUAUCAUAUGGAUAUUUAUCAGCGUUAUUAUUUGUAUUGUAAUAUUCGGAUGUGUUGGUCAAUAUUUUGUAUCAAUAUACAAUAAGAAUAAUGAAUAUCAACUUUUACGGCUGUCCAGAGUUUUACGUACGAGGCAAACGUCUGAACUUUCUGAUUGCAAAUCACAAUGGCCUGAGGAGACAUGUUACAAACAAUAUAAGAACGAUGAAUUUGAAGUUCCAUAUAGAUGCAUAAAUCUCAAGUACGAAUUAGGAAAAGGACAGUUUGGAAAAGUAUAUCUAGGCAAUUUAAACAAUAAUAUGGAUACAUUAGUAGCUGUUAAAAUGUCACAAUGUUCUGACUUGGCCAAUGAGUCUGAAGCCCGACGUCAAUUAUUAGAAGAAAUCGAAACAAUGAAAACAGCUGGUUCCCACCAACAUCUAGUGAGCCUUAUAGGUUACUGCACUUCUCCAGAUAAUCCUAUUUGUAUACUUUUAGAGUAUAUGGAAGGCGGAGAUUUGCUUGCAUACCUGCAUUCUAAAAGAAAGAUAGAAUCUGAUGUGAUACCUCUAUGCAGUUUUGAGAAGUCUGUUUCUAGAUAUGUAAAUAUCAUUGAAAAAGAUAAAUUCAAGGAUGAAGAUUUGCAUGAUACAAUUGAGAAGCAACAAUUUAUGAAGUUUGCACUUGAUAUUGCAAGAGGGAUGGAAUAUUUGGAAACUAAGGAGAUUACACACAGGGAUUUGGCAGCAAGAAACAUCCUCCUUACUUCUGAUUUAACAUUGAAGAUAUCUGAUUUUGGUUUGUCACGGAAUGGAAUAUAUGUAAUAAAUAAUAUAGCAGGUAAAGUCCGUCAACUUCCAAUACGUUGGAUGUCACCAGAAGCUGUGCGUGAUUAUACUUUUUCGUCCAAGAGUGAUGUGUGGUCAUUUGGCAUCGUUCUUUGGGAAAUUGGAACUUUAGGUUCAUUUCCAUAUCCUAAUAUACAGGAUGAGGACUUGUUACGUUAUUUAACUCAGGACAAAUGUCGUCUAACAUGCCCUGAUACUAUUUCUCAUGACAUAUAUGAAAUUAUGUGCUCUUGUUGGAACACAACACCGCAGAACAGGCCUAGUUUUGCACAACUUGUUUUAGACUUGCAAACAUUACAUGAAUCUUUAUACUCUGUACAUGAAACAAGUAAUCCUUGUUACAUGUUAUUAUCACAGUAAUUUAAAAGUAUUUAUAUAUAUUAUACAGAUAUAUCAUAGAUAUAAAAUCAAAGUAGAACGUAGUCAAAUAGUAACAUUCUUUAGAAUAGGUUAUGGAAUAUUUCAUACCAAAUGUUAUCCAAUUUAUACAAAUUCAUGCAACAGAAUUAUUUUCUGUACAAUGGAACAAUAAUAAUUUAUGAGAAUAAUACAUAUGUUAUAUGCAAACAUAAUUUUUUUUAAAGAACAGAAGUAUUGAGGCAGAACUGUGUCGACAGUUAAAGAAUAUAAUGAGCAAUAAACACUUUGUAAUAAGGUUAGUUCAGAUAUGAGGAACAUUGUUUUAUC